AUGAAUAAUGCACGAUCUUCUCACACAGCGUCUGUAUUAACCAAUGGAAAUGUGUUAGUUACGGGUGGAUGGAGUGGUAGAAGUUAUUUAAAUACUUCUGAGUUGUAUAAUCCAUCGACAGAAACUUGGACUAUUACUGGUAGCAUGUAUAAUCCGCGAGACAUCCACCGUGCAUCCGUCUUAACAAAUGGAUUUGUGCUAGUUACUGGUGGAUCAACUGGUGAUUCUCUAAAUAGUGCUGAGUUGUAUAAUCCAUUAACAAGAACUUGGACAACUACUGGUGACAUGAAUCAUGCGCGAGACGGUCACACCGCCUCCGUCUUAGCAGAUGGAAAAGUGUUAGUUGCUGGUGGUUCAAAUAAUAGUUAUCGUUUAAAUAGUGCUGAGUUGUAUGAUCCAUCAACAGAGACUUGGACAAUUACUGGUAGUAUGAAUCAUGCACGAUAUUAUCAUACAGCAUCCGUAUUAACAAACGGAAAAGUCUUAGUUAGUGGCGGAUGGGAUGUUGGUAGUUUAAUUGAUGAUGAGUUGUAUGAUCCAUCAACAGGAAUUUGGUCAAUUACUGGUAGCAUGAAUCAUGCGCGUGAGGGUCACACAGCAUCUGUCUUACCAAAUGGAAAAGUUUUAGCAUGUGGUGGGUGGGACGGUGAUAAUUAUCUAAAUAGUGCUGAGUUGUAUGAUUCGUUAACAGAAACUUGGACAACUACUGGCCACAUGAAUAAUGCACGAUCUUCGCACACAGCGUCCGUAUUAAUGAAUGGAAAAUUAUUAGUUACCGGUGGAUCUCAUGAUAAUUAUCGUCUAAAUAAUGCUGAGUGGUACGAUCCCUCAACUGAAACUUGGACAGCUAUUGGUACGAUGAAUCAUGUACGAGAGAGGCACACAGCAUCCGUAUUGACAAAUGGAAAGGUGUUAGUUGCUGGCGGACAAAAUGGUAUGGAGACUUUGAACUUCGCAGAACUAUAUUAA